GGGCGUGUUUGAGUAAAUAAAUAUAAUUCAGAAUUCAUGAUUUGUAUUUAAUGAGCAGUUUAAAAUUGUAUGUGAAAUUACAGUGCACCAGCACAGAUUAAAUGCAACAGAAUUAAUAGGAAGGAAGUAAGUAGCAGGUAUUGAUCGAAACAAGAGCAUGGGAAAUUUGAGGUUGCAGGGCAAAAAUAAUAUUGGAUUAUGUAUUGGUACAUGUGUGUGUGAACAUCUAUAGCCAUGUUCAAAAUCGAGUCUUAUGUGACACCGAUCUUGCUGAGUUAUGUUGAUAAAUAUGUACGGGAUUUUAAACCUGCUGACGCCCAAGUGUCACUAUGGGCUGGGGGCGUGGCUCUUCACAACUUGAUCCUAAAACCAGAUGUUCUGCAGCAAGAGGUAUCACUACCCUUCACCUUAAUCUCGGGUAGGAUCCACGAACUUCUGAUACAAGUGCCAUGGACCAAAAUCAUGUCAGAACCUAUUACAGUGGCCAUAGAUACUAUUGAGUGUAUAUUGAGUUUUCGACCACCAGCUACUGACGAAGCUAGUACAGCUGAAAACGUAAACCGUACAACGCAAGUGGUAGAAGCUCCCCCAGGCUAUAUGCAAGCUUUAGUUCGGCGCAUAGUUAGCAAUAUUACCGUCAAAGUUCACCACCUCAUAGUAAAAUAUGUGCAGGAUGACAUCGUUCUAUCGCUAAAUGUGAAACACUUGACUGUGGAAAGUGCCGGCGCCGACUGGACCCCUGCUUUUGCGGAUAUUGAUCAAAACCAGCCUGUUAUCAGAAGAAUAGUGACAUUAGACGAUCUUACGUUGUGUUUGGACCAAUCAGACGACGAUGGCAAGAUACGGUUCUAUCAAGAGCCGUUGCUGUAUCGGUGUCAGCUGAGCUUGAAAGUUCUGACAAAAUUGGUAACGAUCCCACUACGGCGCGCUCAAAGCAUCAACAUGCAACUAAGUUCAUCAAAACUGGCUUGGGGCAUCACUAAUGAACAACUCGCGCUCAUUUUGACGUUGGUAAAAGAACACGAGCGGUUUAUGUCCGACAAACAACCUACUGUGUUUAACAAAGCUUCCAUGGCCACGGGUUCACUAAGCCAAAUAUCCACUGCAACAUCAACAGAGCUACGCAGGGAAACUAGUUGGUCAGAGUGGGCAUGGUCUUGGAUGCCCUCGUGGGGGGGUGAUAACACCAUGGGGGAGUCGCCCCGCCAAAUGGCCUCCCACCACGCUACUAAAGUCUUUCUCAGCGCUUACUUGGACGAAAUCUGUCUCACAUUUAAGAUCAUGGAAACAGAAAUUGGUGGCCGAAAACGUCCUCGUGGAGUUCUAGACGUGUGUGCGGAUUAUUUGGCCUUCAAAUCGUAUAUUAAGAAACCGGUUCUGAUCCGGGCCAAAUUCGGAAUACGAAAUCUCACAGUGAAGUCGCAAGGAAAAUGCGUUUGCGGACAUCUCAACACCAAUACUCUCAAUGGAAUGCCUACAGUAUAUUUAAGCAGAAAGCGCUCUGACUUUGACCCCGAAAAGAACUGGCAUUGGCCAAAAGACGAUUUAGAAGACGAUAAAAUAGAUACCGAGAACAAACCACGCCUGGAAAAAAGGGACAUUAGACGGAAAUCUUCCCUUCAAGGGGAAGCUAAAACUACCACAUCGUCCACUCACACAGAAUCAGAACAAAACGAAAUCAAAAAGGAAAGAGUGGAGUUAGCGGAAUCAGUUGAUAUGAAUGACCCCGAAACAUAUAAACUUGCAGCAAAUAAAGGAAUGUCUGACAUCGAAGUCCAUUUAGAGGACAGUAAUCUAAAAGUGAACGCCGUAACAACUGCGAGUCUACCCGAAGUUCCGGUAUCGUCAGAGAAACUUGUAGGCGACGAAAAAGAACUCCCAGAUCUUUGGCAUGUAAUGAAUCCUCUCUUUCUUGUCGAGUUCUCUCACGAGAGGUCACCGCCCCUAUAUCAAAUGAACCCUUUUGAGAAUCCGCCGUCCAAUUUUGAGUACAGUGAUUGGGAAGAAGAAUGCGCCGUAAAAGUGGUCAUUAAACCAUUGGACAUACGAUUGUGCAUGGACGUCAUUCACCGCUUGGUGGUUGUUAAAGGAAUUUUUGAUAAAGAGCUAAGCCCUGCUGCAGGUGAUCCACCCGUUCGAACACUGACCGUCGAAGAAUGUGACGCACUCCACGAGAAUUUGCCACAACGGCGGAUAAACAUUGAUAUUAGCGACUUUCGCCUUCGGAUCAUGCCAUGGGACCAUUUGGUGACCGAGAAACAGCUCAAGCUGCCCAUAUUGCUUGACCUGGUCGUACCCAAAGCCACUUGUGCUAUUAAUGGGCCUUUGUACGCGCACAGGGUAUGUUCAGCGGCUUGCCAAAUGCCGGAAGACUCUGGCCCGCUCUGGUUAGGCGCCCGUCUUCACAUCACAAUCACCUGUAGCGCUGUGCAAGUUCAGAUUUGUCCGGUUCACGAAGAGCAGCCGAAGCCGUGUGCCCGCUUGGACUUGCGAUGUGUUAUGCACGCUCUUUUGUAUCCGGAAUAUUUUGUGGAGCGACAAAGCGUUACAUUCAGCUACUCGGCUCAAAUUCGAGAACUGAACAUAUCGGGCUCGGCAGCGCGCUUGCAGGCAAGCUUACAAAUCCUGUUAUCGCUUUUAAAACAGAAAGGUUCGCUGUACUUGCGGCAGACCACGUUAGCAAAAGACGCUCUUAACGACGAAGGCGAAGUAGUAUUGGAUGUUACAUUCGAGGAAAUAGUAGUGCGAGGUUAUUUCACGAAAUUUAUAUCUACUCAAGUUUUGACUUUGCAAGCUCUCCGCUCCACUGUCAUCCAUGGCCAAGAGCGUGAAAGCAAACAAGCGUGGGUCAUUUCUGGGCCUGAUCACCUCACGACUACGCCAUUCCUUCGCACUGCAUUUCAGUGGGCCGUUCAACCAAUGGUCACAUCGCUGGACUACGUAGGAAUUUGGCUAGAGCCCUUAGCUCUCAGUAUGGACCCUCUCUUUGUGCAGUGGCUUGCGUAUAGACCCAUCUUGAAACCCCAAACCGACCUAAGUCAGCAGUUUACUUAUACUAAGACGAUAUCAUCGCCAUCGUAUUUAAUGAGUCGCCGUCGAAUCACACCACCGUCGUCAAGCGGUCGCGGGGGUAGUCGAACUGGCUCCGGACAAGAGCAAGUACACAUGCGCGGGCGAAGUAUGGACUCCAGCAGUGAGCCUAGUGAGAAGAAAGAGGCUCCUAAACGAAAUUCCAAAGACAAGCCGCCACCAGCCAAACUACCCUGGUGGAGAGACGAACAUAUUUUCGCACUGCACUCCCGUUUGAAACACCUGCUUAUCAGCGUGGAGACUGGGAUAAUACAGUUGUAUGUGACGACGACGUCUGUGCCGGCGGAGAAUUGCCCCACUGUGCUUAUGGCCAUGGAACAACAUGCCAGUGAAGAUCAACAAGUAUUAGUUUUCUGUUUGGGUCGGUGGACCCUCCACACGAACUCAACAACAAGGUAUCUGUGGCAAGAAAUCAAACACGAUGGCCCUACAUUCAUUGACCCCAAAUCAACCGACGACGAAUCAUUCCCGUGGAAGAUGUCAAUAGCAGAUAUGUCCUGUUACACGUUCGUCUCAAAUCUGAAUUUAGCUGGUGUCAAGAAGACGCCAGGUUUGCGAUCUCGACUGAAAGUAACUCGUACCGUCCAACCGGUAUCGAUAGUGGACCACUUCACCACCACCGUUACCUUCUCAGUACUGACAAAGUCUUUGCAAUAUGUUGUCCACAACCCGAAAAAUCGAGGCACUUCGACCAAUGCCGAACCUCCUAAGGGAGAAGCGGUUUUGAAAUAUUUUUCGACGGGAAUGGAUUUUAAACCAAAAUCGUUUGUGGAGUUUAUGCGAGGCCCGACGAGUCGUAAAAAAGAAGAGUCGGAACCUGAGACACAAAAACUUAAAGAAACGAAAAAGAGCCCCAUUCAUAGAGAGCAAAUAAUAAUGGGGCCCAUGAUCCAAAUUGGAUUUCACUGGCAUGCUGACACACCACCUAUCAUGAUCAGACUGGACCAAGAACAGCUCAACAUAUUUUCGACAUCGGUACAUUGCAUUCAACACUUCGUCGCAUUGCUCAAAGUCGCACCCUUACGGAUGUCGCGGCAUCCAGGAUUUUCUUACGUAGGAAUUCCAUCUUCCAGGGAUGUUCUCGUGAGUGGAUUGGAUGUAAACGAGCUGGACCUGCUGUCAGAAUCAGAAGAGGAAACCAAAUCUGACCUCGUGUCCAUAUUUGAAUCUCGCCACGAAAUAUCCGAUGCUCCGUUGAAGACUUUCGUCUGGUUCCAAUGGGUGAUAAGUCGCUUGACGAUGGCAGUGACGUCGUGCCAAGAGAAGAUUACCGUGAACAUAGACGACAUCAUUUCCACCAUAGAUUUACAGGAGCACUACAAUCAGUUUAGGAUGAAAAUCGAACAUUUAUCUGUUCUAUACCAUCAGCGGAACGAGAAUGACGAAUGGGUCGCUGGCCCCUUAAACGGACGAGUGAUAGAAGUGCGAGAGCCGGCCAAAGCGCAAGAGGUUUCCCACUUUCUGGCUCUUACAAUAACACAAGCCUCACUCUCUAAUAUACCACCCAGUUGGAAAGAAGAGUUGCACCCAAAACUGUUGGAUACAAAAAUAAAUCCGGAUCUAAUGUGGGAGAUAUAUGCGAACAUUAUGCCAAUAGAAGUCAUAAUACAGCCGUCAGUUUUCGAACAUUUCCUACGAAUGUUGCGUCUUUUUACAAUCCAUGCGUCGUGCACCGUCAGCCCGGAAACACGCAAAAAACCGAUGAUUAUGUGGCCAUUCGUGUACAUAACAGCAGGCGGUGUCAGAGUUAUAAUUACUGAAGAGAAGGAGAGCUCCGAUAAGGAUGACGCUUUUGUCAUAAAUGUGGGCAAGAUUGUAGUCAACCCUCAUCCAGAUAAUCCUAUAUGCAGAAAGUCCAUAAACGCCACCAUGGAGUCUGCUUGGACGCCAGUAACCGACGGCGUCGAGGGUCGUCAGUAUGAAAUGCAGAUCAAAAGUGUCACCAUAAAUUCUGGAGUAUUCCAACGCAUCAUCGUCGCAGAGGACAGCGAACACCUUUCUCGACAUCCGACCACUGGGCAAAACCCCGCUCGCAAGUGGAGCCAGCAGCUGGGCGAAGGCCCCAUACUCACAUCGAUUCUUCAUUCAAUAUCGAUAAGCUGCGUCGCCGCGCCGCCGUUGUACAUAGGCCUAGCUAUGCAGUGCGGUGCAGGCUUAGAAAUCAACUUAACAUCAGACGCUCUUGUCGACAUAAAUUUGGACCAAAUUGCUCUUCUGCAUAAAAUAUGUAAAGACAUGAAGUACUACUACGAACUUCGUCUCCGCAGCGAAUAUUAUGAAAACGAACUCGAAGUAUGUCCAUACAUGGAGCAGCUAAAGCCGCGCGUUCCCGCUAACAUCAGCCCUGUUUCUAGUCAACCGUACCUAGCAGAAGGUGUCACAAAGGGCCAAGAACUUGGUCGAAACCUAGACUCCGGCUUGGAGAGUGGAUCGCGUUCGUCGGUUACCGCGGCUUCUUCCAUUUUAAAAAAUCCCAAUAUGUCUGUGGGAUUCGUGGAAAGUGGGUCGGACUCAUUGGAGUAUUUAGAGCUUUUCAUAACCGUGGGAUCCAUCGAAAUGUCACUAUACGCAAGGGAUGUGCAGUCCACAACGAGCCCUAAACCGCGGCUUAAUAAGUUUCCUGACGACGGCGAUGAGAGUGACAGCAGUGCACACCAAUUCGCAACCCUUGGCACAAAACGAACGGCGGGCACCGCGUCUCUACUCAACGUUACUUUCAAUCAACCGAAUCUAUAUUAUUGGAGGAAAAGAUCCGUAAAGAAUAUACAGAUUUCGCUUUUCAACCUCGGGGUGGGCCUCGGCAGUGGAUUCACAAGAAGCGAUUGGAAGGCGGUACUGGUGUCGACGGCACGCGGUGUGUCCGACCCCAUGACAGAAAUCCCCCCUGCACUUUUCACUCUGAAAAUCAUGACCACCGCUGGUACAUUUCAAACCUCCACUCUUAAUUCCCGUGGCUCACUAACUAUCGACGUGGAACGCCCAAUCCUGCUUGAAAUUUGCGAAAAACGUCUUGCAAGAAUCAAAGAUAUACAUGACUGUAUUGCAAGCAUAUAUUCUGAGUCCACACGCGACAUCAAAGUUCCGAAUGAGCCGUUGCUGUAUAAGAUCCGUCAGUUACUGCAACGCUUAGGCGUAGAUUCGACAACUAUACAAACAACCCAAAUAGGAGUGCAGACUUUAGAAGGAACGAUUGGAUUUGACAGCCUUUCCGUUCAACUGGGCUGGAACACUCGUCCAGAGCAGCUGAUCAUCCGAAGUCUUAUUACCGCAUUUAUGAUCGCCUGCGGCCCAGCCAACGACAGCCGUCGACAAAUAAUACAGCCGUUUCAUGCUGGUUUUCUACUGGAAGCCAUGUGGGAGGUUUGGAGGCGUAUUGAAGGCAGGAUGUCAGCCAGAGAUCCGAGUGUCCGUGUGUGCAUCGACUUGGACAAGAUCAUUGUCGACCUGCGGCCGGCUGACGUCGAGGCUAUCGCGAAUGUGCGACAAAUCUUGAAGGUCGUCUUCGAAGACGCGGACGUAAGCAACUCCGAUUCUUGUGACACCUGCGAGUGUGUAAACCAGGAACGCAUUUUGGAUGAGUGCGCUAUGAACGAAGAGCAACGUCUUUUGAUGGCAUUCGAUGAGUUUGGUGAAUACAAUAUUGGUUCGGACCGAGGUGGGAAUCAUUUCUACAAAGACGAUUUACGGAGCGGUGCAUUUAAAAUAAUUAAUGGGAGUCAAUUGCCAAUGGCUUACCAAGUGACGUUGAACCGCAGUAUAGUAUCAUGGCGAUACCCUCAUCCUCGGGCCAUAAUACGACUCAUAGCUUUCCCAUUACCAGGAAUAUAUAAGGAGACAGACUGUGUCCUUGAACUGUUCAACCGGCAAUCAAAGGAAUGGAAGCCCCACACAUUCAUCAAGAUACCUGUGAGCGAACCAAGAGAAGUGCAUUUGUUCGUUCCAUCACCCGACGCUGUGUUCUGCACAACAUGGAGAUUCCGGGUGUACUCCCAAUCUGAGAUACCACCAAAUUACGAGUUCAAUAUUUCCAAUUACGAACCACGCCCUGAUGCUCUGGUACCUGACCCGGUGCCCGACACCGUCUUGGAAAGUUCUUUUGUGACAGCGGAAAUGUUGUCGGGCGUGUUGCGAGUGGACUCGUACUUCUCGCCGCGGCUUCUACCGCGUAUUCGCGUUACCAUGCGGCUGAGCUCCAUGCUCGUACAUGCCCACAACUCGUUGCCAACAUUUGACAGAAAUGCGACACACCUGGAAGGUUACUACGUGACAAAGCCUCUAAUGCGGAGCCAUCGGGUGUUGACGAUUUGCUCACAAGGCUCGGAGGCGAAUUUCUAUUUCGGAUCUCCUGCAGGAUCAUCAUUUUUACUGAGCAGCAAAAUUUCGAGCAACAUACUGGACUGCACGACGGGAAUUUUGGUACCGCUAGUGGACUCUUUCAAUGCGCAAGCAGCAGUGUCGCUGCCGAGCGGGCAAUCUCCGAUGCGGCUCCGGAUCUGUUCAACCAAUAUACACGUGGGCUUGCACGUGCCCCGCGUCAGGACUUUAUGUAUGAUGGCCGAGGAUUGGCAAAAAGUUAUUGCGAAGCUAGCACCGACAGAAUCGUCAAGUGAGAUCAUAACAGUAGGAAAUCCACUAAAUGAGAAAGCGUAUGUAUGGGAUGAGACAAUAAAAGCUCUAGAGGGACGCGUGUCGCUUUGGAUCGAUAACAGUUGCACGUAUUCGGUGAGAAUAGGACAGGAAGGAACCGACGAAGUGGUGCCAAUGGGACCCGGUGCUAAACUCGCAUACAGGUGGCGAAGCCCAACAGCGCCGAAGAGGCUGCGGUUCGCUCUAACCAAUCCUUCUACCGACUGGCGCUGGUCCCACUACGUACGUUUCACGGCGGGUUCACGUCGAGUGCGCCUCGAAGGCGCUGAUAACUUGGAUGCCUCCGUCGCGACUCCAGGCUCCGGUGUGUUUUUGUACGUAAAAAUAGCGCAACAAGGCGCCACUCGACAAAUGCUUCUCACCGGACGCCUCUUGCUCGCCAACGUGCUGCGAUUCAACUUGUUAUUUAAGGUGCGGGCACAUUUCACGGACGUGAACCAAUGGCGCACCGUGGCCUCCGGCGAGCUCGCUACUGAAUCCAUCGGCCGAAGCGUUAUAUGCGCUGCCAACUGCGAACUAGUACUCAAGAUAAGACUCAAAAAUCACGAAACUGGUUGGUCCGGUGAUAUACCCCUGAAAGAGUGUCCAAAAGAAAACGUUCCAUGGCUGGUGAAAGUUCCGAGCGAUGGCGACGUGCCCUACAUAUCAGUGUGGUGCCGUGUAAACCGCGCUCGCAGCGAUGGACGCAUACUCGCUAGCAUCUGGCCUUUGUAUGUUUUGCGCUCGCAUCUCCCGCUGGAUACAGAUAUAUUAAUAGCGACGGAAAUGGACGCGCAGAUAUCUCAGGCGUCCGAACUGCGGCCGCCGCCGUUGAUCCAGUCUGGGCCUGGCCGCGGCACAUUCACGCACCUUAUGGCGCCCGGCACCACUUCCGCCAGGCAUAUAUUGUCGUUCCAGUACAGGAACAUAGAAUGUCCCGUCACUCGAGAAGCAGUGCCGCUUCACUACGGCGUGACUGACAACUCUGUUUUUGACAAACGCGCGCCUGUCAACAACGUGGAGGAAGUUAUCGAAGAGAUACGCAGUUGGUUGAGACGUGCGGGGCGCGAUUCUGAAUCUGAGUGGCCUUACUCUAUAGUGAAGGGACACUGGCCUGGGCCGUGGCAACCAACUUUUCUGCAGCCUCGUUGCGAGGUAGCUGUUCGCUACCAAGCUGUCCGCGCGGGCGGCGGGUGCUCGCUCGAGGUGCAAAUGAGCCCCGUGCUGUUGCUCUGCAAUGCGUCUCCGAUUACGUUGACGUUGCGUGCCCACGACGCCGCGCCCUUGUGCAAGCUCGAGCCGGGCAGCGUUAUAUGUCCGCCCUCUGCCAUGUUGAAAAAACCGUUCUUCAUGUCAGUGGAAGUAGGCCGUGAGACGUUCGUGAGCCGGCAGCUGAAAGUGAGCUCCAAAGAUCCGGGUCGGUACGGGACGCCUCCGCCCGGGGAGGUUGCACUCGAACAUGCCAUCACGUUCGCUGUUCAAUGCAACCAAAAGGUGGCGUUGCUGACGAUGCACUAUGAAAUAAAAGAAGAAAUCAACGUGGUUGGUAUAACAGCAACUUACAUGCUUGUCAACAGAUUGAAGGUCAACAUAAUGGUGUCAGCUACUGCAGUCGUGAAAGAACAAGCGCUAGAUGACAGAAAAAACGAAUUCAUUCGCCGUGCCGCUUUGGGACUUAAAACCUUUAAACUUGUGCCGCCUACUCCGGAAGGAACCAUCCUAGGCGCUUCGAUUAGCCGCUUGUGGCUGCAGGACCGUUGGCGCGGGCACGAUGUGUCCGAACUGCAGAUGUACUUGUAUGUGGCGCUGGCAAACUCCGCCGAGGACGGGAGCGCGCAGCCCGCGCCUGUCGGUGCGCCGGUGCCCGUCCGGCUCGGCGCCGCGCCGCUGCGCAGACCCAUUGCGCUCCACACCACUAGUGGAGCUACGAUGCCAGUGGUAGUGACUCAGCAGAAGCACGACGGCAGGUGGCUGAUCACUGUGGCGAACGACCCAUGUCCUCAGUUCGCAUUGUACAAUAAUACCUCGACGUCUAUCGCCGUUGCGCAACCUGUACAGGUCGGAGAGGAGGCCUCCACUUCGGCUGUAAACGUGGUACCGGAUUGUGAUGGCGAACGGUGGCUGUGCUCCAUCAACCCCAACACGUUGACGCACUAUUCGACUCCGUCUCACUGUGCACGCCACCCGCCGUCGUCAGAGACCACGUGCAACCUACCUUUCCUUACGUUCGCGCGUAUAUACAAUGAAGAUGUUUACACGGGUUGGUGUCCCCCGGUGGCUGUGACGGAAGGCGAACAACUGGUACAACUUAACCACAGGAUGACCAUAAAGCUGCGCGUGCGCGUCAACCCGCACUCCACCUACAUCGAACUGCGCGAAGUUGAUGAUAAUGAUAUUUCGGCAAGUGAUAUUCGUCGCCGUUUGGGUGAACCACAGAAUCCUGAACCGUCCCACGUCUCUUCGGAACGAAAUGAAAAUGCGUCCAGAACAGAGCUCAAAGAGGGACAAUCAGACGACACGGACGCAGACGAACAGGACAGCUUCAUAAAGAAACCUACAAUUCUUGAAGACAUUGAUCGCUCAAGUGCUGUACCUGCAGUGUCCACCGCGCCCAUCGCUGACCAUGUGACUGCAACGGCGCCGAUGGUCUACUAUGGAUCUGAAACUAUGGACGGAAGGCAGAUAGAGGUAGAGCGCGUGCGCAUCUUGAUAACGGGAGUGGUUAUCGAUUUGGCGGUGACGGACGACUCGCACCCCUUACUCGCCGUGCAUCUCGACCGACUCGCGGCCUUACUGACCACACAAACCAAAAAAAUAAAUUCAACAAUAUCUAUAGGCGAUAUUCAAGUAGACAAUCUGCAAUACGACAGUGGGCAAUACGACUUCGCAGUAAUAGCGACAACUCGUGACGUGCGUCUCGACCCGGAGGCGUGGCCGCCAAUUAUGAACAUGUUCAAUGAACGAAGUGCAUUUGCAAUGAAACUUGACUCCGCUCGCUUUAUACUCAAAAUUUGUAAUGACGAAUGGAGUGUGGGCACGCUCCGAUACAACGAAAUAACAGAAAUCGACGUGCGAGCAGGUCCGUUGGCUCUGUACGUAGAAGACGCUUAUGUGAAAUCAUUAGCGGAAAUGUUCCAACUUAUUCGGCCGGUUCUGUCGUGUGACAGCGUAACGUUAGCUUUGGCAGAGGCGCGGACGUUGCAAAACCCUAUCCGUUUGCGGUCUCUUUUGAUUCAUCCUUUGGACUUAACGUUAACUCUACAUACUGCUGUACGCGUCUAUAUAGCGUUGGAUCAGAGUCCGCUGCACCUGAGCGCGUUCAAGUUACACAACGUUGUAACGUCGACGGAGCGUUUAGUGCACGCACUCACUGUGCAUUACCUUUCCGCGGCGAUUCUUGGCGCUGGUUGGGUAGUGGGCGGGCUGGAGUUGCUCGGCGCGCCCGGCGCCCUGGCCGCUCGGGUGGGCGGCGCCACCGGCGGCGUGCGCGGCUUCGCGUCGGCCGCGGCCGCCGGACUGGUGCGGUCGCUCAGCGCGUGGGCCGGCUCCCUCGCGCGGAACCUGGACCUCCUCGCGGGCGACGAGGAGCACGCUCGCCGCGCCGCUGCCGCUCGAAGACGACCGCCCGACAGCUUUGCCGCUGGCCUCGUCGCCGGGAUCACUAACUUUGCUAUUAAUAUUCUUGGCGCUGUGGGCGGAUUGGCACACCAUCCUCUCGUGGGCGUGGCUGUUGGCGAGACGGAGAGUAGUGCGACGGCUCUACGACGCGGCAUUAUCGGCGCUUUGACGAAGCCUCUCAGCGCCACUGCUGACCUGGUCGCGUAUGCUGGCCAAGGCCUACUUAAACAGACGGGCUGGGACCCGGUGCCACAGCCUCGGUCAGUGAGGGCCCCAGCGGACCUGCAGGGCCCCAGUUGGGAACGCGAUUGCGUGCGCUGGACGUUCCGUAUGGCCGACCUGGUCGUCCACGCUGGCUUCGAAGUUCUGAUCGAUGACGCGCAGUUCCAACUAUUAAUCACACCUAAGUACAUCGUCGUAGCGGAGGGCGACACAGAACGGAUCAUUGAAAUGAUUGAUCUGCGUUACUGCACUUUGUCGCCUUACGAAGGACCCGUCAUUGAGCUACACGUUAAACAAAGGCGGGCGCACAAAGUGAGCGCAGAAGUGAGACCCAAUGACGAUGAUGAUUACCAGGUGACCGCAGCGGCCAUGGCGCGGGUGGCGCGCUACACGGGCGCGGAGACCGCGGCCACCACUUCGGGCGUAAGCGCAGAGCACCGCAUGCUGACUUUGCUGCCCAACCCGGGACAGUCGUACUCGCUGCACUGCACGCUCGCCGCCGCCAUACACAGCAACUCCGACACGCACUUCUGUCUACUGUAAUUGAGAAUACGUUUAGGAAACAAGAGUCGUUGGCAACUUAAU